GUUUCGUGCGACUCAAAAAAGAAUGUUCAGUUAUUUCGCAUCAAAGCGGGACCAAUUCAAUGACAAUGGCAUUUACGCCGAUAUUGAAAGGCUGAAGCAAAUGUAUGGCGAUAAUCCUUCGCAGCUGAUGCAGAGGUGUUUACACAAAGAUGACACGUAUUCUGUUAUUCUCCAUGGGGAUUACAAUCGAAACAAUGUGCUAUUCAAAUAUGACGGUGACGUCGCGGUGGACGUACUAAUGAUAGACUUUCAAGAAAAUAGGUUUGGAUCCCCGGCCUUGGAUUUAUCGUUUUUCAUGUACAUGAAUAUGAACGAGGGUUUGCGGAAUUCCCACUGGGACACGGUUUUGCGAAAUUAUCACGAAGAACUUUUGAGAUGCAUUACAGAGAUAACCAAAAUCCCAGCGAAUGACUCCAGAUUGGAACCGUACAAUUUUUCAAACAUGAUGUCUCACUUGUCGAAUUUCUUCAUUUAUGGAGCAAUAAUCGCUGUGAAGUUUUUGCCAACGAUGAUGGGCAGUCCGGAGGAUGUUGCUGAAAUUGUUCACUAUUUCCACAACGACAUUUAUGCGGAUGAGUUCGAGCAAGCACUACAAAGAGCUGGCGGUGAGGAAGCAGAUCAGAGGGUAGCUGGUGUAAUGCGUCAUUGUUCGCAACGCGGAUACCUUAAAUUUCUUUGGAAGUAACUUUCAUGAAGCCAUAAAUAAAAAUAUGUACA